CUGAGCGCCACAGAGUCACUUCCUACUCGGCGCACAGCCUGGGCUGGAGCAGGAGCCCUCCUGCACCUCGGCUCCAGGACCGGCGUCCGCCGGAGUUGCGGGGGCUUGGGACAGCGGCGGGAGAAGCUAAGAUGUGACCCCCUCCCCCCCAUUGCCAUUGCCCUCUCGGUUGCCUGUUUCUGCAAACAACAGCCUGCACUGGCCAGCGAGCACUUGCCUGGAUCUUCGUGGAGAAAGGACCAGCCACUGGGCGCUCGCAAAGCCAGGCAGAAGUUGGGCUGCCCUGGGCAGCUGUGAAACAGCUGCGUGAGAUGGGUGGGCUAGGAGACUGAGGGAGCAGAACUAAGGAAGAGGGUCUUGCCCUGGGCUAGGGGUGGGGAGAGGGAAGUCGAGUUGCUUCUCGCUCUCUCCCAGAUCCCGGAGGAGUCGGCGUAGAGAGAGAAAUGCUGAGCCCGCGUCCGGGCUCCUGCCUCCGCGGCAGCAUCUUCAGUAGCAGCCUCAGCCUCAGCACCGGCGGGACAGCGACAGCGGGGGCGGCGCAGGCGCACUGUGCCCGGCGGAGCCUGCAGUUCCCCAGCCCCGUGUGCGGCACCGCCACAGUCUGGGCAGCGGCGGCCGGGGGAGCGCUACUACCAUGAACUGCCUGGUCCUCCUCCCCAGAGCUGCUCAUCCGGGUCGGGCUGGAGACACAGUCAGGGGACCCCGCCGCCGCCGCUCCCCCUUUUCUUUCGUCUCCAUCUCCACCACCUUUUCCUCUUCUUCUUCUUCCACCUUUUCUUCCUGCUUCCCCCCCUCCCCCGCCGCGGAUCCUGGCCGCUGCUCUCCAGACCCAGGAUGCCGGGGGGCAAGAGAGGGCUGGUGGCGCCGCAGAACACAUUUUUGGAGAACAUCGUCAGGCGCUCGAGUGAAUCAAGUUUCUUACUGGGAAAUGCCCAAAUUGUGGACUGGCCUGUAGUUUACAGUAAUGACGGUUUUUGUAAACUCUCUGGGUAUCAUCGAGCUGACGUCAUGCAGAAAAGCAGCACUUGCAGUUUCAUGUAUGGAGAAUUGACUGACAAGAAGACCAUUGAGAAAGUCAGGCAGACCUUUGACAACUACGAGUCAAACUGUUUUGAAGUUCUUCUGUACAAAAAAAACCGAACUCCGGUCUGGUUCUACAUGCAAAUCGCACCGAUAAGAAAUGAGCAUGAGAAAGUGGUCUUGUUCCUGUGUACGUUCAAGGAUAUCACACUGUUCAAACAGCCAAUAGAGGAUGACUCAACGAAAGGUUGGACAAAAUUUGCCCGAUUGACACGGGCUUUGACAAAUAGCCGAAGCGUUUUACAGCAGCUUACACCAAUGAAUAAAACAGAGACGGUCCACAAACAUUCACGACUAGCUGAAGUUCUUCAGCUGGGAUCAGACAUCCUUCCUCAGUAUAAACAAGAAGCGCCAAAGACGCCACCACACAUCAUUUUACACUACUGUGCUUUUAAAACUACCUGGGAUUGGGUGAUUUUAAUUCUUACCUUCUACACCGCCAUCAUGGUUCCUUAUAACGUUUCCUUCAAAACAAAGCAGAACAAUAUAGCCUGGCUGGUGCUGGACAGUGUGGUGGACGUUAUUUUUCUGGUGGACAUCGUUUUAAAUUUUCACACGACUUUUGUGGGGCCUGGUGGAGAGGUCAUUUCUGACCCAAAGCUCAUAAGGAUGAACUAUUUGAAAACUUGGUUUGUGAUCGAUCUGCUGUCUUGUUUACCUUAUGACAUCAUCAAUGCCUUUGAGAAUGUGGAUGAGGGAAUCAGCAGUCUCUUCAGUUCUUUGAAGGUGGUGCGCCUCCUGCGCCUGGGCCGUGUUGCUAGGAAACUGGACCAUUAUCUGGAGUAUGGAGCUGCUGUCCUUGUGCUCCUGGUGUGUGUAUUUGGAUUGGUUGCCCACUGGCUGGCUUGCAUCUGGUACAGCAUUGGCGACUAUGAGGUCAUUGAUGAAGUCACCAACACCAUUCAAAUAGACAGCUGGCUCUACCAGUUGGCCUUGAGCAUUGGGACUCCAUAUCGCUACAAUACCAGUGCAGGGAUCUGGGAAGGAGGACCCAGCAAGGACUCCCUGUACGUGUCCUCCCUCUACUUCACCAUGACGAGCCUUACAACCAUAGGAUUUGGAAACAUAGCUCCGACCACAGAUGUGGAGAAGAUGUUCUCAGUCGCCAUGAUGAUGGUUGGCUCUCUUCUUUAUGCAACUAUUUUUGGAAAUGUUACCACAAUUUUCCAGCAAAUGUAUGCCAACACCAACCGUUACCACGAGAUGCUGAAUAAUGUUCGAGAUUUCCUGAAAUUAUAUCAGGUCCCAAAAGGUCUUAGUGAACGAGUCAUGGAUUAUAUUGUCUCAACAUGGUCAAUGUCAAAAGGCAUCGACACGGAGAAGGUCCUCUCCAUCUGUCCCAAGGACAUGAGAGCCGACAUCUGUGUUCAUCUGAACAGGAAGGUUUUUAACGAACACCCUGCAUUCCGAUUGGCCAGCGAUGGGUGUCUGCGUGCCUUGGCAGUGGAGUUCCAAACCAUUCAUUGUGCUCCUGGGGACCUGAUUUACCAUGCUGGAGAAAGUGUGGAUGCCCUCUGCUUUGUGGUGUCGGGGUCCUUGGAAGUUAUCCAGGAUGACGAAGUGGUGGCUAUUUUAGGGAAAGGUGAUGUGUUUGGAGACAUCUUCUGGAAGGAAACCACACUUGCUCAUGCUUGUGCCAAUGUCCGGGCUCUGACUUACUGUGACCUGCACAUCAUCAAGCGAGAAGCCUUGCUCAAGGUCCUGGACUUCUAUACAGCAUUUGCAAACUCAUUUUCAAGGAACCUCACUCUCACUUGCAAUCUAAGGAAGCGGAUCAUCUUCCGUAAAAUUAGUGACGUGAAGAAAGAAGAGGAAGAGCGGCUACGGCAGAAGAACGAGGUGACUCUCAGCAUCCCUGUGGACCACCCAGUUCGGAAGCUCUUCCAGAAGUUCAAGCAGCAGAAGGAACUGAGGAACCAGGGCUCAGUGCAGAGUGACCCUGAGAGGAGCCAGCUUCAGGUGGAGAGCCGCCCUUUGCAGAACGGCGCCUCCAUCACAGGUACCAGCGUGGUCACCGUGUCCCAGAUUACCCCCAUCCAGACGUCUCUGGCCUACGUGAAAACCAGCGAGUCCCUUAAGCAGAACAACCGUGAUGCCAUGGAACUGAAGCCCAAUGGUGGUGGUGCUGAACAAAAAUGUCUCAAAGUCAACAGCCCCAUCAGAAUGAAGAAUGGAAAUGGGAAAGGGUGGCUGAGAUUGAAGAACAACAUGGGGACCCACGAAGAGAAAAAGGAAGACUGGAAUAAUGUCACCAAAGCUGAGUCGAUGGGGCUGUUGUCAGAGGACCCCAAAGGCAGUGAUUCAGAGAACAGUGUGACCAAGAACCCCUUAAGGAAAACAGACUCUUGUGACAGUGGGAUUACAAAAAGUGACCUUCGUUUGGAUAAAGCUGGUGAGGCCCGAAGUCCUCUAGAACACAGUCCUAUCCAGGCUGAUGCCAAGCAUCCUUUUUACCCCAUCCCUGAGCAGGCCUUACAAACCACACUGCAGGAAGUAAAACACGAACUCAAAGAGGACAUCCAGCUGCUGAGCUGCAGAAUGACUGCCCUGGAAAAGCAGGUGGCAGAAAUUUUAAAACUACUCUCAGAGAAAAGUAUACCCCAGACCUCCUCUCCAAAACCCCAAAUGCCACUCCAAGUACCUCCCCAAAUACCAUGUCAGGAUAUUUUUAGUGUCUCAAGGCCCGAGUCACCUGAAUCUGACAAAGAUGAAAUCAACUUUUAAUAUAUAAAUAUAUAUACAUAUAUAUUUGUCAAUAUAUUUAAAAUGGUAUAUACAUCUAUAUACAUAUGUGUGUAUAUAUAGUAUAUACAUAUAUAUAUUUUCACUUGCUUUCAAUAUGAUGAACACAAUAUGGAUUUUGAUAUGUACAUACUGCAUGUCCAGCUGGAUUCUGGCCUGCCAAAGAUGAUUAUUCAAAACAUAGAUAUUGCUUGUAUAUUAUGCAGUUGACUGCAUGCACACUUUACAUUUAUUUAUAAUCUCUAUUCUGUAAUAAAAAAAAGUAUGAAUUUUGUUAACUAAGGCAAUGUAAUCUUUGAAGAAUCAGGGUCCAACCUGCCAAUGUUGCCAUGACAAACUUGAUCUCAGGCUGAGUAUAUCGAGCUGUCAUUUCUUCACUAUUCUGUUUAGUUAAAAUUAUAGAUUAAUGUCAAGGGAAGAGUGCAGCUUCUGAAGCUGUCAGACCAUUUUACGAUCUCAUGCCAUAGGGUAUUUUUCUGUAACUUAGUGUUAGGUUCUUUUUCCCUACAGGCAAUGUUUGCUCCAUUGAAAUGACUGUGUCGUUGCCUACAACUGAUGCCAGUGUCGGAUACUGAGAACUUAUUGCUUUGGGUUUUGUGCAUGAAUUGCAUUUCCACUCAAUGAUACCUCUCCUUUUUAGCAUUGUAUUAGAUAGUAAUCAUUAGCUCUUAUGUAAAGAAUUCCCUGCUCCCUCCGUCUUGGAGAACAACUGUCAUUUUGGGAGCUGACAUUAUCAACACCAUAAAUACUCAAUUGUUAAUAUAGUGUAUAUUAUUAUAGAAAACACUGCACCACAGGGUAUAAGGGCCUUUUAACAAUAUGUUAGAUAUGCCGAUUGUCCAAAGGCAAUGAAUGUUCUACAUUUAUAUUUCCAUAGCUUGUUCAAAGGGGGGAGGGUGUUGAAAGGCUCUUAGCAAAGAAACAUAUCAAAAUUUAAAUUGUUGAUAUAAUUUUUUGAAAAGGACAUAAGCAAUUGGACAUGUUUUAAUUGCACAUCCGUGGCUUAGAAAGAAUGAACUAUAGGUACAGAAAUGCAGACACAUGAUUUUUGUUGCUUGAAGAGGUUGACAACUUGAGCAGUGGUUAACUUACAAAAUAACCAACCUAGAAGGCAACAUUUAGUUGCUUUAUUCAGAUAAUUGUUUUUCUAUGACUUUAUUCUGGGUACAAAAUCCCCUAAGCUCUUUUGCAUGCAGUUGCAUUGCUGGCCUUCUGUUGGGUUGAUACAAUAGACCACUAUGGCUCUGGCAGAUCCACUCACAAGAGGCUUAUGGGGCUGAAUGUCAUAGUCUUUUGGGUAACAAUUCCUCUUCUGAGAAAGUGCCUAUUACCAACCAAAAGAGAAGUCACAAAUGUUGCACUGUCUGUAUUUAGGCCCUCAGAUGAUAAACACUCAAAAUGAAAUGCAUACCCCUCUUGAGAACUCAUGGAAGCUGUUUCUUAUGACUCCAGAAUGUUUUCCGGAGUUCUUCCUGGGGGAGUGCUUUUCAGUUGGUGCAGGCACAAAGUUCAAUAUUGAGAGUAAGGAAGCUAGUGUUUGCAUUAACCUGAAAGUAUAUUUCAAUCACUUGUGUAUUGCUAGGCUAUAAAUAUACAUGCAUUAUAUAUGCCUAUAUAGACAGGUGAAUAUACAAAUGACGGUGACAAAAAUCAAAGAAAAUAUUUUGCUCUUUUAUACCCAAUUUUAUGUGCUUUUCCAUCUCCCAGUCUCUCUAAAAUUGAGAGAAGAGUUACCACAGUCAUACCGGAGAAGUAUAAAACAGUAAGACUUUGUAAAAGUUCUCCACAUGUCCCUAAGAUGUACCCCUUUUUUCUAGGACUCCUGGAAUGUAUAUUAGGUACAGUGGGUUACAGUUGCUUUCCUUUCCAUUACUCAAAAUGGACAUUUCCAGGGCCAUAGAUCUCCAUGUCCUGCUAAGAUUCCUAUCUGCCACAGGCAAAAGGAAAUGUAAUUACAGAAUCAGCCUUAAAAUGGAGGUUUGGGGGGCUUGUUUGUCUUAGCUUUUGUACUGUGGAAGAUACCUUGUCAUUGACUUCUAAGAUUUACUGGGUUUCAGAGCUUCUUCUUAUUUGCUAAAGUCAAGUGUGACGAAUACCUUUAAAGAUGAAUGGACGAUAAAAACAAAAACAAAAACCAUGAGCUCAGAAAUCAUUGUUCUGACUUUAGCUACAUCCAAAACUAACAGCUGGUUUCAAGCUAUAAGAGGGUCACUAACGCAGGAAACUAGUUUGAAAUGUAAUGCAUGCCUUUUCAUAUUAGGCUUACAAACCUUUGCCAGGAUCUGACAUUGACUCAGACAGUUUUAGCUAACGACCUACAACAUUAGCCAUAAUGAAAUUUCUAUCUAAACACAUGUUCCCAUAGGUGGGAAAGUAACACAAUGGUUUUGAACUGCACCGGACCUUCACUAGGGAGGGAAAGUGUUAACUGCUUAUUUUUUGGUGCAGUUCCCACAGUAUUCUUUUCCAGACUUCUGUCGUCCGAGUGCAUGACACGAUGUGGUGCUGAACGCACUCUGCACAUCUUCAGCGAACAUUGUAUAUAGUCUUAGGUUUCCAGAUUUUAAAAUUCUUCACAGUAGAAUUUAGCCAGAAUGCUUGCUUACACACAUGUGAUAAUGAUACAAUCACAUUCUGUGUAGCCUCAACCAGCACACAGACAGUGCAGGCUCUUUGCGGGACCAGAUGACUGCAUGUUUUAUUCCUACACUGUAUAGGUGCUCUUGGUGCAUCUAGAAUUUUUUUAUUAUUAUAUUUCUGAACAGUGUACUAAUAGGACUAAGUGGAUAUGUAUUUGAAAUGCAAACAUUUUGCAAAGCAACCUAUACAUCUUUAACUCUGUUAUGAUGCUAUGAAAAUGCAAGAUGAGACACUGUAUUCUGGGCAGGUGGUUGUGACAUGAUAGCAAAAAUCGAAUGCAAACAGAAUUGUGAUCUUCUUUGCAUCAGAGCAGGAAGAUUUGCUGACCUGUGCCAGGAUAGUGUUGCACUAAGUGUGAUCUAGUAGACAGAAGAGCUUGCAAUAAAGAGCGAAUAGAAACCCCAAAGAUAGAAAACAACAUCAAAACUCCUAGUGUCUCCCAUUUACAUGAGUGACCUUGAACUAGUUCAGGAAUAGUGGUCAAGUUCACACUCAAACUUCAUUGUUUAAAGGGAACUUUUUAUUGCAACCCUGAUCGCGCUUCACAUGGUGUACAAGGCUACAAAACAUCCUGAAUGUUAAGAAAAUUACCUACAGUUUUGCAUAGGUCAGAGGGCAGAGAACAUGAGAAUGAGAGGUUUUGAUGGUUCCUAGAACAAAGACCUACUCAGUGCUACCCAGUACAUUAACAGGAGUGUUACUCAUAACAGCAAACUAAAGUGAAAUUUUGACAAUUAACCUAAUUGAAAUCUAAAUACAAGUCACAUGGGAUUUAAGGAGAUAUUGUUUACCUGUGAGAUCCAAAAAACUGGAAUUCUUUUGGAAAAACCUGUUGGGUUUUUUGUUUGUUUGUUUUGUUUUGUUUGUUUUUUGUUUUGAGUUAGUCUUCAAAGAAGUGACUGGAAUUGUGUAGCAGCUGAUCCUUGUGAAAUUGUCCUUUUCAAAAUUUAAUUACAAUAUUUCCCCUUCCCUUUCCUCUCUCCAAACCCUUCUGUCUACCCUUCCAUGCUCUCUCUCUUUCAAAUUCAUGGCCUCUUUUUUCACUAACCUAGUUAUUGCUGAAUUUUGUUACCUUGUAUCAUUUCUCUUUUUAAAGUUAAUUUCUGAUUCCCCCGCCCCACCCCAAAGUUUCACGUAGAGAAUGAGAAAGUUUGUCUAGAGCUACCACAUACAGAGACCUCUGAAAUGAGUAUUUCCUUAGGUGAAUGCUGUGCUUUGAACCUUUCUUAGAUGUGAGUAUCGCUCCUGGGAUUCUCUUGGAAAGGGCGAGGAGAACGUACUUUUAGAUUUUACACAUCACUGAGUGCCAUCUCAGAUUCUGACUCCAGCUCUGUCAAUCUAGCAAAGUUUGGAUAGUCAGCUGUCUUUAGCGUGUUUCUUUAUCAGUUUUCCAAAUAAUAAGUACCAAAACAAAGGCCCAAACUCCUCCCAUGUUCUAUCAAGCUCUUCUUAGGUCAAUGGGAAGUAGUUUUUCUUUACAGAAAAACCACACUAGCCAUUUGAAAGGCACUAACACGUGCUCAUGAUAUGUGUCCUCAGUGACAGUGUGUUAAAUGAGAAAUUGAUGGGAUGGUUAUUGUUAGAAUUCAAGGAAGCAGUGUACAAUAUAUAAACAUUUGAUUUUUGAACAUAAGGCUCAUUUUGUUAAUGUUUUUUCAUUCUGCAAGGAAGCCUUUUGUCCUCAGGGCUCCACAUAAAGUCUUAUUGUUAUAUUUGCUGUGAUGGUUCAGGGUAAGAAAAUAACAAGGGCACUAAACACAAAGGAGACUUUUUUUUUUAAUUUCAACAGAAAGAACAUUUAUGUUUAGAUCUCUCUUUGGAUUUUGCUAGGAUUCUCACCAAUCUGCAAUUUUAAAAUGUGUUUCCAAUUAAGAAUUUACUAAGAAUAUUUUGAAAUACACAUAGUUGCAAGCAUCGAAAAAAUUAUUAGCUUUAAAUGUCUUUAAGAAAUUAAGACUUAGAGUCAAAGGGGGUUAAGAGGUAGUCCAUCAUUGGCCCUGACUUUUUACUCUCUACUAUAAUGCUCUAUUUGCUAAGCAAUUAGUAAUAUUUAUAUUUUUAUCUACUGUAUUAGGCCUAUGGCAUUACAACUAACAGUUCCUUUACAUACAAAUAAAUAUUUUCAAUCAGUUUCCUUUGAGUGGAAUCUUAUGCUUGCAGGCUGAAUGCUUUAUCAGCUUAUAUAAGAAAACCAUUAGGAUUGCAAAAUGAUAGCUAUUCCUUUUUAGAGUUGAUGAAGAUUGCUUUAAUGUUAUAGAAAAUCUUCUUAUCCUGGACCAGGAAAACAAAACCAGAACUAAUGUUCAUCAGGGUCACACAAUCAGGAUAAAAAUGUAGAUUCAAGUGCUAAAUAAGUUACCAAUGCUGGGAUAUUUGCAUGUGUGAGAGUCCAGAUCAGGAUUUACAUAUCCAUAUUGGAGGUGGGGGGAAGCGAUGCACAGUGGAGGGUGCUUUAGACUUUAUCAUGGUCAUUGGCAUUGCUGAGAGGUGCAUUCUAGUCAACUCCAGUGAGUGUGCAACAAUUGGCUUACUUUCACAUGUUUUUUUUUUCUGUAAAUAGUGCUGUCAGUAAAACGUUGGUUAAGUCUAGAUUUGCUACUAAUUGCAAAAGAGAAAGGGGAAAAAACAAAAACUAAGACAUUCACAGAGAACAGCAAUAACAGGACCAGUCAAGCAGAAGGAAAACAAUUAAUACCCCUUUUCUAUAGUUAUAAUAUAUUUUCCUGACUGCCACACCACCACCCUCUGAAAGGUAAGAGGACAAUGUAUACUCAUUCCAAAUCUUAAGGAGUUUUUAAAUGUUUAGAUAAUAUCAAUUAUUAAACUUAGCUGAACUGUAGGAAUUGAACAAGAAGUAAAUUCAGAUGGCUCUGUGCUGGAUAGAUUCUUCUUCAUUGUUAGUUUUGUUUUUUUUUUUUUUUUUUUUUUUUAAGAAAAGAAAUCAUCUAUGAGCUGAUUCUGGUCCCCCUAAGUAAACUGUGGAAAAUGCAGUUGCAACAAUGAGGUUCCAGAGUCACCCUUCUUUGAUGACCUCAUGUUCUUGAUUUCCAUAUCUCUUCCCUCUAAAGUGUUGAUCUUCAGUAUUCUCAAAUUUCACUUAUUUUCAAAGACUUAUCAUCCAUAGUUCAAUCUUAAUUAGUAGUUGUAGUCCUUUUUAUUAGUCAUCAUUCACUUCCUUUUUUUUCUGUGCUAAAACAUAAAUUAAGUUUUCUCAUAUUCAUAGUUUUUUUUUUAAUCUCCUAGACUUGACUCAAUUUUUCUCAUUUAGGAUAUUUCUAGAAUGAGACAUUUAGAUGUUAAGUCAAUUGAAUUUUAAGUAUUAAGGCAAAAUGCUUUCUCUAAAUUUUAAAUAUUUUAAAUAACAAAUUAAUUAAUUGAAUAGUGAUACCUAAUUAUAUUCAAUACAUCAAUGUGUUAAGCAGUGCUCUUGAAAAUUAUAAUUAAUAGCUUUAAUUUUCAAAGUAUUUUAUGCUUGAUAGAUGCUUCUUAGUCAUCUGAGAAGGGAGGUGUCCAAAGGUCCUGGAUCAAGAUGGAGUUCUCCCACACUAUCAUUUUAUCUUUUGUACCUCAAGAAUACUCAGGAAGGCACGCGCGCGCACACACACACACACACACACACACACACACACACACACACACACACAGCAUUUCUCUGUACAGAAAGCUAAACAUUUUAAGUUAUCUUUAGAGUACUAAAAAUUGAUUGAAUUCAGUAAUGAAGUUUGGCGUGUUUGUGAAUUUGGAAAAAGAGAAUAUUUAGUCCAUACUUGCUUAUAUGGCAAUAGAGGUUAUGGUUGGUUCUAGAUUAUCAUUAAAAUGCUGACUCAUGCUAUAUAGGGAAGAGACAUGAAUCAGAUUUUUUUUAAGUACAUACCAUGUGUCCUAUGCCCUAAGAGUACCAGUACGCAUUCUAACUUAAGUUUUUCUGUCUCUUGCUUCUUAAUACAAGGCUGUUUGCAUGCUUUGUGAGGGUCAGGACCACUGAGGGUUUGGACAACGAACCGGAGACAGCACAGGGUAGCCGAGAUAAGUCAUACCCAUGUGCUUCCUUUCCUUUAGAUAUAGAAGUAAGUGAAUGUUAAUUAGGCUCAUAUUUAUUGAGUAUUUACUGUACUAAGCAAAUGUAAGCAAUGUAAAUAAUCAGAUUUAAUUCUGCAACAUUCCUGUGAAGGAGUAAAUUAAGGAACUUAAAUAGGAUUGCAGUAGCCAAUUAAUAACCAAUAAAUCAGUAAAGCUGAUGUUCUAGCACAGGCAGUUGGACCUUAGAAAAAAGUCUUCUUGCGUAAUACUAGGGUUGUAAGGACAAGCUCUUCAAGCAUAAAUUCCAAAAUUUUCAGGACAUGUACAUUCAAAGAUUCUGUGAAUAAAAAUAAUUUUGAAAAACUAUACCCUGCAAUGUAAAUGCUUGACUUUCCUAGUGGUCAGAGUCAAUGGCAAAGAUUGAUAUCAUAACUGUUAUGAGUAAAAUAUGCCAUGGUCCAAAAACUGAAUUUUCCUUCACUUCUCCCAACAAUUGACAGGCGGUAAUGGGGGUAAACUGGGAAAUGUAGUUAUAAGUAACAGACAAAUGUAACACAUCACGGGUGUGUAUAUUUCAUGUUGUCUUUCCCCGAUGAAUUUUCACCUAAGGGGUUUUGUGUGUGUGUGUGUGUGUGUGUGUGUGUGUGUGUGUGUGUGUGUGUGUAUGUGUGUGUGUGUGUGUGUGUGUGUGUGUGUGUGUGAAAGCAAUAAGUGCUCAAGACUUCUUUUUCUGCAGUUUAGAAUGAGACAUCAGAAGGCUUUAUUUAAAAAAAAUUAGAUUCAUUGGGCAUUAAAUAGGAUUUUUAAGCCUUUUCUUAUUGAUUAUACGGAUGACCAUUUCUUGCCAAACCACUAUUAAAUGCAUCUUCCAAAUGAGCUUUUUUUAUUUAGAAUGUGUUCUCAUUCCCAAACUUGUAUUCAUACUUUCUUUAAACAAUUAAUUUUCUCUAAUGAAAGAAGUUAACAUUUAAAAUGUGAUCGAUUUUUUUUUCUGUCUUUUGAGAUGUUUGAAGGAAGUGUCUUGAGAAAACAAAACACAGACAGGACAUCACCACCUCACAGUCCAGAAGUCUCAAUCCAAGCUACCCUGUGAGUGACAGGAGGCAGUGAGUGACAGGGGGUAGUGGGAACUAUGACUAGCACACAGCUUUAUGCCUAACUGGGAGGACCCUUGGGACUCUAUCGGAAACUUCUCACAGUUAGGUCACUUUUCAUCUUUGGCAUUUUCAUGUAAAUGGGGUGCUUGCUAAAUGUUCAUUGUUAACCUGUGCUCACUGUGGCAUUUGAUUAAAGAACACUGCCAAAAAGCUACAGGGUAUUGGGGAGAAUAAUGGUUCCUCCUUGUGUGAUAUCUUUUUAAUAGUUUUUGUUUGAUUAAUUUUGAAAUCACGUUGUUACAACCGUGGUUUUGAUUUUAAUGAAACAUUAGGAACUAGUUUGAAAACUUGUUGGUUAUUUAGGGCUUUUAACAUGAGAGGAUGCUUUUUUAACCUACUUCCAAGUUUAUGAUUUUGGGCUUCAACCCAGUCCAAGUCCCUGAAGUAGUUGGGUAGUUAGUUGGUGUCUUGAUUAGAUGGUUUCCAGAGGACUGGUAUUUAUGCAGAAUUGCUGGCUGAUGAAGAACCAGCACAGAAGCACAGACAAGGCCAAAAAAGAAAAAGAAAAAGAAAAACAAAAAACAAAACUCAAUGCCUGAAUAAAUCAGACUGAAUAUUUACACUUAAUAACUGAUGCAAAUAACACGUCAUUAUUAUAUCUUUAUUCUCAGCCAAAUCGUCUUUGACAAUGCAGAAUUGAGCCACCUCUUCCGACGGUGAGGUGCUUCACUAAGUAAAGGAAAUUGAACAUUGUUGAAAGAGUUGGUCCCAAACUUUUCCAACCAAAAUGUUAGGAAACCAUUCCUGAUAAUAGCCCAGUUGAUUAAGUAGAAAGAUGAGCUAGUCAGCAAACUAUGCAAAGUAGAAUAAUGAGUCCUUUUUAGUUUUGUGUCGAAGUUUGACUGAACUGAAUCUUUAAUAUUUGUCUAAUACAUCUCAUAAGAGUGGAUUAUUAAAUAAAAUCUCAAUGUACUUUCUUUAAAAAUCAGUUAUUUAAAGUAUUUCAUUUCAGGAAACUUAGUGGGAAAGAUGUCUUUUUGACCUUGGGGGCAUGUUUCAUGCUGUGAGUCUCAGCAUCUCCAGCAGUGACAUUACGAUGUUAAAUUGGCUCAGUUUUCAUAGUGGAUCCACUGGCUUCCUCUCUGGAGCAGCCUCCUUCCACACUAAAGCUCACCACAGUGAGAGGGAGGGAUGACUCAUGCUUUACCUAAGAAUCUGAUUUAAACUAUCAUCAUGAUGGAUACUCCCUUCCCUGGUGAAAGGGUUAGGGUAAGUUGGGCAGUAGGUUAGAAUCAUUUCUAUCCCAAACCUACAUGUUUUGGUAAAAAAUUCAGUUACAGCUAACAGUUGUUUCCUGUUGUUUAUUAAGACAGCAGUGACGUCAGAAAAUGCUUGGUACUCAGACAACACUAUUAAUCAUGCAAAUCUACGAUAUAUUGGAAAUCAUAUAUUAUUUCUUUUGACUCUAUGUUCUACUGACUUUGUGUACACCAAUGAUACCAUUUUGUACCCUACAAUGUAAACUCCUGGCUGAUCUUGCUACAGGGAUUUAUUUUUUCAAGUUCUCAAAAAUGUUUCUGCCUCUGUAACCAUAUUUGUGGAUAUUAAAAAUGCUUCCUAAGGGUUAACUCAGUGGAAAUAUUUGGUUUAUGUAUUGAUUAAGGAAAUAGGUCAACACUUCACGGAAGAUAUUUUUAAUACCAAUAUGCUAAGCAGUACUUGUCUAUAGUUUUCAAAGUUUGGUUCAUGCUAGACUGAUCAUGUUUUUCUACUUAAAUCAAGACAUUGCAGUGUGUAAUAUAGAAAUUUUGUAUGUACUAUUGACUUAUUGCUCAACUGCUUAGAAGUUUUGUGAAAAACAUCUUAAAUUGGAGACUUUAGGGUCAAUCCUGAAAUACUGUGAUCAAAUUCAAUUGCAGUUGGGAAGUUUGUCACAAUUUUCACUUUAUUGAAAGUUCAUUCUAAAGAAAUUGUUGUUUCCAAAAAGUGAAUUGGCAGGUGGAAGUUUCUAACCCAAAAUAACCUGGGUUUUAGCACAAUAAACUGUAUUUCAUCAGGGAGGAUUAACUUUUUUUUUCACACUUUAUUUAAAUGUGGAUAUUUUUUCAUGAUACAGAAUAAAAUGUGCAUUUUAUGGAA